AUGUCGAAAAUCCGGGUCGCAGUCAUUGGUGUUGGUUUGGUCGGUUCUGAGUUCAUCAAGCAACUUUUGUCCGUGCCAGGAUCGCCGUUCCAACUGGUCGCCUUGACUUCCUCGACCCGGACGCUGUUCUCGCCAGACACGCCCAUAACGUCGUCCUGGAAGACUCAGCUCUCCAAUUCUACCGAAAAAGCGGAUGUCAAAUCCCUCACAGAGCGCCUCAAGGCCCUAGUGACGCCCAUAGACAAGGUCGUCGUUGUCGACAACACCUCAUCGGACGACAUCGCAGCGCUCUACCCGCUCUGGCUCUCUUCCGGGCUCCAUGUCAUCACCCCCAACAAGAAGGCCUUUUCAGGCUCAUACUCCCUGUAUGAGUCCAUCUUGAACGCGAGCAAGUCUACCGGCGCGCGAUUCCUGAACGAGUCGACGGUCGGCGCAGGUCUGCCCAUCAUCUCGACGCUCAAAGAUCUCGUCCUGACUGGAGACAAGAUCCUCAAGAUUGAAGGUGUGUUUUCGGGCACGAUGAGCUACAUCUUCAACCAGUACUCUACCGGGAGCCCCGACGGGCCUACCUUUUCGUCGGUGGUGAGUGAGGCGAGGGAGAAGGGGUACACGGAGCCCCACCCUGCAGACGACCUCAACGGCUUUGACGUUGCACGCAAGCUGACGAUCCUAUCGCGUACCAUCGUGCCCUCCACCUCCAUCUACUCCUUUGCGUCAGUGCAGACAGCAUCGCUCAUCCCUCCGGCCCUCGAGGGCAUCCCCACAGGCGACGAGUUCAUCGCGCGUCUUCCAGAGUUUGAUGCCCAGUUUGACGCCAUGAGGAAGGAGGCUGCAAAGGAGGGCAAGGUUCUGCGGUUCGUCGGUGUCGUGGACCCGGCCAAGGGUGAGGUCAAAGCGGGUCUGGAGAAGUAUCCGACGACGCAUCCGUUUGCGACGAGUUUGGGAGGGUCGGAUAAUAUUAUUAUGUUCCACACGGAGAGGUAUAGCCCUCGGCCGUUGAUCGUGCAGGGUGCAGGUGCAGGUGCUGCCGUCACGGCUAUGGGCGUGCUGUCUGAUCUAUUCAAGUGA